AUGGGUAACUCAAAAUCAAAAGAAAUAAAGAGUAAUUCAAUUGAUAUUUCAAAUGUUCAUUUCUACGAUCGUUCACAAAAUUCGACCAAUGAAACAAAUAAAGAAUUUGUUCUAAUAUGGGUUGAUGAAAAAUGUAAAGAGAAUAAUCUUGAUACAUUACGAACACAAAUAUUAUUAAAACAAAUAAAUAAUAAUAAUUGUUUAUUUUUUGAUAAUUGUCAACAUUUUUUCUUAGAAAUCGAUAGAAUAAGAAAUGAAAAUUUUCGAAUCUUAGUUAUUUUAUCUGGUUCAUUAACAAAAAUUCUUCCAAGAACUCAAAAUAUAAUCUCAACAAUAAUUAUUUUUUGUGAAGAUUCAACAAAAUAUUUGAAUAUAUCCCGUCAAUAUUCAAAUGUCGUUGAUGUAUGUACUGAUCAUGAAUCAUUAAAGAGUUCAAUUGAAAAUGAAAUCUCAUCAUUGAAAUUAAAUUUAUUUAGUAAUCAAACAUUAAAAUCAGUUCACUCAUUAACAUUUUCCGAAGAUUUAACAAAUUGUGAUGCAUUUUUUUCAUAUAUUUUCUUUCUUGAAUUAUUAAAACAAAUGCCACAAACAAAACAAGCAAAAGAUCUUAUGUUAAAUAAAUGUCAAGAUUAUUAUCGUAAUGAUAAAAAACAAAAUUUAUUAAUUGAAUUAUUUCGUAAUACAUAUCAAUCAGAUGAAGCUAUUCAUUGGUAUAUUAAAGAUUCAUUUAUUUAUCGUUUAGUUAAUCGUGCAUUUCGUACAGAAAAUAUAACAUUAUGGUAUUUAUUUCGUUUUUAUCUUAUUGAUCUUUGUAAACAAUUAGAAUUAAUUCAUAAAGAACAAAAUAUUCAAACAUCAUUAAUACUUUAUCGUGGUCAAAGUCGAAUUUUUCUUUCUGGUGCAGUUAAUACAGAAGAUUAUAAAGUUAUUUUAUUUAAAAUUAUUGUUGAACAAUCAAUUCUUGAGAAAAUUAUUUUUGUUGAUAUUGAUAAAUAUGUUGGGCAUGUCGGUGAAUGUGAAAUUUUAUUUAGUAUUGGUUCAAUAUUUCAAAUAGAAAAUGUUGAUUUUAAUAAUGAAUUAAACGUUUGGCAAAUUGAUAUAAAAGCAAUUGAUCAAAAUACAUCAAAAGUAAAAGAAUCAAUUGAAACAAUAAGAAAAAGAUAUGGAAAUAAAGAAAAUAUUAAUUUAAUAUUUGGUAAUUUAUUAAUUGAUAUGAAUCAAUAUACAAAAGCUGAAUCUUAUUUUCAAAUGAUUUUACAAGAAUUAACAAAAAAUCAUUAUGAUAUACCAUUAAUUUAUGAUCAUUUAGCUGAUCUUUUUAUGAAAAUAACAAAUUGGAAUGAAGCGUUCAAAUAUUUUAAUUUAUCAUUUGAAUUAAAAAAGAAAAAUCUUUAUUUCUAUCAAUCAAAUAUUUCAAUAACACUUAAUGGAAUUGGAAAUUAUUAUAAAUCUAUUGAAAAUUUUAAUCAAGCAUAUGAAUAUUAUUGUCAAGCUAUGAAAUAUUCAAAUAAUAAUCAAUAUAAUAUGGCUAUUAUUCUUAGUAAUAUAUCAACAAUUGAUUUAAUUAAUGAAAACUAUGAAAAAGCACUCGAAAAAUGUAUUCAAGCACGUGAUAUUCUUCAAGAAAUUAAUUCAUAUUCAUUAAAUGAAAUAAUAUAUUGUCAUGGAAUUAUUGGUGAUAUUUAUUUAGAAAUGAAAAAUUAUCUUUAUGCUGAAGAAUUUUAUUUAACAACAUUUGAAAUGAGUAAAAAUAUUUUAUUUAUUGGAGAUAAAAUUAAAAUAAAUUCAAUUAAAUCAUUAAUUUAUCUUUAUAAACAACAAGGAUUAAUUGAAAAAGCUUUAGAAUUUUCAAUGAAUCAACUUUUAUGGUAUGAAAAAUAUUUUCCUGAUUGUUAUUCAAGUAUUGCUAAUAUUUAUAUGGAAAUAAGUCAGUUAUAUGAUUAUAAUCAUUCAAAUCAUAUUUAUUAUUUAGAAAAAGCAUUAAAUAUAUUUGAAAAUAAUAUUCAUAUUCAAUAUUUAAUAACACAUCAAUGUUUUAGUUUUAUUGCGAAUUAUUAUUUUAAAAAAUCUUUAUUUGAUAAAUCUAGAAAAUAUUAUUUGAAAACACUAGAAAUACAAAAGAAAAUUUAUCCAAAAGAUCAUUCAAUUAUUAUUCAAACACAAUCAAUCAUUGAUGAUAUUCCAAUAGAAAUGUAA